AUGAUCACUUUAAAUCUGAACAUGUUUCCCUUAGAUUUAAAAGUUCAUAAUUUUUACUAUUUGUAUAUAAAUAUAGAUGAUAGUAAAAUGAUGCAAGUGUUUAAUAGCACAAUUAAUCAGUCUAAUGAUUUAUGGAAAAGAGAGAGAUAUUUUCGUUUAUCAGCAAGUGCAAAAGCUCACAAAAUAAAGACUUACAGGAACUGGUCAGAUAAAGGAUUAUUAAUUUUAUGUAGCACAUUAUUAAAGGAAAACAAACUGGGAAAGCAAGGUAAAAUAAAUGUAACUUAUGGUCAACAAAAUGAACCAAUAGCUUUAGAAGUAUUCAAGCAGAUGUACAAUAAAGAUGUACUAAAUUGUGGUUUAAUAGUAGAUGUUAAACGACCAUGGCUAUGUGCAAGUCCCGAUGGACUUAUUUUGAAUGAAAGUGGUACCAUAGAAAAGGUAUUGGAAAUUAAAUGUCCAAUAUCAUGUAAGAAGAAACCCAUAGUUGAUUCUAAUAAAAAUAUAAAUGUUAAAUAUUUGGAAUGGGAUAAUUGA